AUAUUUGACAGCUGCUGUCAAGCGCACAAAGACUUUUCGCAAAAUAAAAAAUAGUGCGGCUGGUCAAAGCAUUUAUUUUUGUUAUAAUUAUUAAUAGUGAAUUAAAUUAUUGAAAUACAGCAGUAUGGAACCAAUGGCAUUAGGAAGUCCAAGUGGUAGCCCGGCUACAAACCAAUAUUUACCAUCAUUUCUGCUGGGGGAACAGCAAACUCCUACAACUCCAAGGAAUAACACACUGUCACCAAAUAAGGCGGGAGCAAGAAAUGUCUCGUUUGGAUUUGCCACAUCUCCUAGUGGAAUGGCAGCAAACUCUCCACAAGAUUAUAACCGUUCUGUGUUAGGCCAAAAAACCCUCUUCGGCGGAUACCAACAAACACCACCAACUAUUCAAAAUAUUAACAACUAUCCAGGAACACCGAUCCAGAGUCAUAAUGCUAGUAUGUCGGGUCCACCUACACAAGGUUUAUUCGAUUCUUUACGCAAUGAACGCAAUCAAGUUCAAACACCAACACGCUCUCUGCAACCUCAAAAUCAAUUUGGAACACCAGUUAUGGGUCAGCAUAAUGCUAGUAUCAGUUCGGCAUAUAACAUGAAUCAGAGUACACAUCAACAACAAUUGUCCAACACUCCAGCUGGGCAGUUUAACGAAUCGUACAUGGGUAAUAAUGCUUCUUUCAAUGUCUCACGAAUGGGAGUUAUGUCUCCAUUAGUACCGGGAACCCCCAAUGCCAACAAUACAGGGGUUAUUAAUGCUUCCCUGAUGAUGCAGUGCCCUUCACAGCCACGUUAUACAGAAUUCUGGGUGACUGUUUUCGGAUUUCCAUCUAGUGCCACAUCGACUGUAUUGCAACAUUUUGCCCAAUGUGGCACUAUUGUUGACAAAGUAUUUCCUUCUCAAAAUGGUAACUGGGUGCAUUUAAAAUACUCUUCACGUCUGGAAUGCGACAAAGCUCUUAAUUACAAUGAGAAAAUAUUAAAUAACAAUAUAAUGAUUGGUGUAACACAGUGCAAAGACAAAAGUAUAAUUGAUAAAGAAAAUCUAUGUGAAAAUAAUGCAAACUCAAUAACUCCAAAAGUGCGACCUUUGGCCCAAACCGCAUAUAAAAGUGCUCAAAAUGAUACCUCCGUUGUGGCGGGUGUCAAUGCUCCACAGAAGAGUUCUGGUAUAAUGAACAAAGCUAUGGACUUAUUUUUUGGUUGGUAAAUUUUUUUUAAACAAAUUACAUCAUAAGGCAUAUUUUUACAUGUUACAGUUAGUCAAUCACUGUUUCGAAAUUUAUAAUUUGUUUACCUUUGUACAACAACAAUUUAUGUGAAUGUUUUCAUUAUUACCAGUUAGUUUAAUUUUAUACUUUUCAUUAAUUGCAAUUUUAAAUUUGUUUCCUAAUGAAAUCUUAAAAAUAUAAAAGAAAAAAUGUU